AGGAAGUUGCCUGACAAUGUGACACCUGAUAUUUAAGGCAAAUACCGAACGGACCCCCAUGCUCAAAUAAUUUAUCGAUUGGAUAGACAAGAACAUGAAGCUCGAGGCCAAUAUACAAAUAUAUAUCCCACGACCACAACUCCCACCUCAUCCACCGCACCGCGCUUCUCCACCUCGUCGCUCCCACGCUCGAUAGAGCUCCACGCGCCCUUUGGACCACUCCAAACCCCCCAACUGCACACCACCACACCCGCCGCCCUCGCGGGCUAAGGAUCCUUCUCCCGCACACCACCACCACCGCUAACCUCGCAAUGUCUCUCGUCAACCUCGCCAACGUGUGCUCGCACCUCCAAAACGCCAGCCGCGCGCGCCUCGGCCUGACCUCCGUCCCCGCCUCGAACAUGAUCCUCUCCCUCUCCCUCUCCCUCCAACAAUCCGGCUUCCUCCGCUCCGUGACCCGCGGCGGCGGCCAACCUCCCCCCGUCGACGCGCUGAGCACCUACGUCCCCGAGCCGGUCACGCAGGAAAACGUAGCGAGCAGGCGGCUGUGGCUGGGGCUGAAGUACUGGAAUAACGCGCCGGUGCUGAGCCAGAUGGCGAUGGUGAGUAAGCCGACGAAGAGGAUUUAUGUGGAUGCGACGGUGAUUGCGAAGUUGGUGAGGGGGAGGGAUGCGGGGACUGUGAGGGGGCUGAGGAAGCCGGGAGAGUGUAUUUUUGUGAGUACUGAUAGGGGGAUUUUGGAGGCGAGGGAGUGUGUGGAGAGGAAGAUUGGGGGGAUGUUGUUGUGUAGGGUGUUAUAAGGGGGGUUGUAAGGAAUAUGGGGUGGAAAAUGAGGGAUGCGGGGAUGUAUGAUACGUGUAACUGCAUUGCGUGGUGCUGGUGUGUAUAAACCAAUUUGUUCUCUUUUACUUUU